AGUCAGCGCAUGCGACGGCCCGGGCACGCUCCACCAAGUUUUGCCAGCGCAGCUCGGAGCAAAGUGGCGCACGCAUAUGCUGGGCUCCCAGGCUGACGGAUGACAACAAAAAGUCCAACACGUGGAAGUAAGGAGCAAGUUUCCCUCUGAGACCGCGACUGCACUUUAUCAGUGUCCUCGGGGGUGCGGUGGGGUGGGGGAGACGAUCGAGGUGAAGGGUGAAUGUUUUUGCGUGUCUGAGUGAUUCGGCCAAGACAAGGUGAAUGUACAGCAUCAUGAUGGAGACCGAUUUGCACUCCCCCGUGGUGCAGCAUGGCAACCCGUCCAACCCCGGGGGGCAUGGCGGCGGCGGCGGAACCAAAGUCCCCCAGGAGCGAAUCAAGAGACCCAUGAACGCUUUCAUGGUGUGGUCGCGUGGGCAGCGACGCAAGAUGGCCCAGGAGAACCCCAAGAUGCACAACUCGGAGAUCAGCAAGCGGCUGGGGGCCGAGUGGAAGGUGAUGACCGAGGCCGAGAAGCGGCCCUUCAUCGACGAGGCCAAGCGGCUGCGGGCCAUGCACAUGAAGGAGCACCCGGACUACAAGUACCGGCCGCGGAGGAAGACCAAGACGUUGCUCAAAAAGGACAAAUACUCGCUCGCCGGUGGGCUCCUCGGCAAUGCGGCGGGCGGACAGCGCCUGGAGAGCCCCGGCGGGGGGGCCCUGGGCUCCAGUGCGGGCAUGUACACGGCGCACGUCAACGGUUGGCCCAACGGCACUUACUCCGGACAGGUGGCCGCCGCGGCUGCGGCUGCUCACGCCAUGAUGCAGGAGGCGCAGCUGGCUUACACGCAACACUCGGGCGUCGGCGCUCACCCGCACCACCACACGCACCAGCACUCGCAUCAGCACCCACACAACCCGCAAGCCGUGCACAGGUACGACAUGAGCGCCUUAUCUUACAGCCCCAUCUCGAACUCGCAGAGUUACAUGAGCGCCUCCCCGCCGGUCUACGGGGGCAUCACGGGCUUCACGCACCAGCACCACAGCGCCGGCGUGUCACCGGUGUCGGGAGCGCUCGGGGGAGCGCUCGGUGGAGCGCUCGGGGGAGCGCUCGGGGGAACUCUUGGCCCCCUGGUGAAGUCGGAGCCGAGCGCGAGUCCCCCGGUCUCCACGGCGCGUCAGCCGUGCCCCUCGGGGGAUCUGCGGGACAUGAUCAGCAUGUACUUGCCCACCGGGGAGGCGGCGAGUGACUCGUCCGUGCAGGGGCGCCUGCACGUGCUCCACACGCAGCACUACACGGGGAGCAGCGCCCACGUGAACGGGACGGUACCCCUGACGCACAUUUAAAUUGAGCGGUUCAAUGUUUUAGAACCUCAACCAAAUAGUCCAAGGGGUAGUGGGCCGCUACCGGUCGCGUGUAAACUAAGGCGCCAUGAAAAUGCAAUCACCUUGAACAAAGUUUUUUUUUUUUUUUUUUUUUUUCCCCCAGCUCCCCAAAUCUUUUCUUCUUUUGUCUGGCCAAGCGACAGAACGCUCACGCUAAUUUAUUUGUGCUCUCGGUAACAGUGGUUGCCAAGUUUUCGCACGGUUUAAAUUAUAAUCCUCCAGGUCGGCUGCAUUAUAAGAGUUUUUUGACGCUUUUGUGGAAUUUCAGGCGCUGAAUGUUUAGUAGCUAAACGAAAAGGCGUACAAAUCGUGUUCUGAAAAAAAAAAAAAAAACUUUCCAGGAAGCAAUAUCAAUUGAUUUCAAGUUUUAUUCCUUGUACUCGGUCGGUGCUGAUUUGAUUUUGUUGUUGUAAUUGUGGUUUAUAGUGAAUAAAAUGCCUAUUGAAAGCGCGUUAUGCAACCGUAUUGUCAGAAGAAGGAGAAACUCGAUUUUUCCAUCUCAAUUUCCAAAGUAUUUUUCACACCACUGGGUUAUUUAUUUUUGCCACAAAAUGUAAGUGGAUUGCGCCAAAUGAAAAUGAAAGUGAAGCUAUGCCACUUUUACAGAAAAUGUUGCUUGCAGAACAAAAUGUCCCGGGAUAUAUAUAUGACAAAAGUUAAUUGGGUAAUAACAUUUUCUUAUACACGUAAGAUUAUUUUGUAUUUUACAUUUGAACACAUGCAGUUUUCAUGUCAUCAUUAUUAUAAUUCAUGUCAUGAUUCAUUUGGUUUCUAUAACAUUUACUGGCACUUCAAAUGUUACAGAUUUGCCGUCUGAUAUUUUUUCUUCAUUUUCUUGUAUGCACAAUAAAAGACACGUGCAAGUUGACCGCAUUCCCAUAAAGCUUUGCUUUCUAUUUACUUCAACCGAACAGCUAAGCCCUUAAUACAAAUGUAUUCAUUAUUUCAAUGAUAUAUUGAAAUGCUAAAUGUUGGAGCUUUAAUAAGAGCAUUGCAAGCAUGGCCUUAGGCCAGCUCUUUAGUUCCGUUCGCAUUUCUUAAUGGUAAGGUGAGUUGACCGCUGACGUCACAACCUCAGCAAUUUGAAUUCUGCAAAUCUGCAUUCACGGAAAUCGGUGUCAUCAAGGUCAUUGCUAACUGGCCACUGAGCAUACUUGUUGCUUGGGAAAUGAGUUAGUUGACAAGUGUUUGAUCGAUCUGUAUGCGAAAGGGGGUGCAUGCUUUUUAGUGUGAGCGCCAAGCGGGGUCUUCGGGAAUGAUGUGUGGAGGGGGAUCGAGCUUGUUGGCAGGACGCCUGUUCUUUCUCCACUCCCCACCGCCACCUUCCCAAGAUUUUCUGACAACAAUAUAGUGACCUACAUUUCCUUGAGCAAAAACCAAAUAGCGCUUCUUGGGCUCAUUCUGCGACUGGCCUUUUUUUUUUUUUUUUUCGGGGGAAAGAAAAUGGAAACAAACCCCUCUAUAAAUGUUUAUUUAUUUAUCUGUUGUGGUUGCUAUCAGAUUUAAUAACCGAAUACAUUUCUAUUGCGUAUCAAUGCUGCAUGGUUGAUCUCUAUUAAUAAAUGUGAUUUUAUUCAUCAUUUUCUCAUUA